AUGCCCUCAACAACAACAACCGAGGAUUUUGAGAUUCAGGUUACAAUUCCGACUAAAAGCCCUACAAUCGAUCGUGAGCCGUUGAAAAACAACAAGAAGCCGUACAUAAUAGAAAAGCGAACAUUUUCAACGACAUCUCCGCUGCAUCAUAUCAGUUCUGAUAUGGAAUCUGAUGAUCCUCCCGAAAUCACUCCAGUUCCAGCUCCGGUAGAACAGCAUGUUCCAGGAAUGUGGUACCCAAUGAAAAAAGGAGACAUUCCACAUUUAGGAAUUGUGGCUGGCGAAUUGAGACGAUCCCCCUCAAAGGCAAUUGUUUACGAAGACGACAAAAGAUUGUAUAACGAAUAUACAAAGGAUAAUCGAAAGAAUAGACCAAUCCGAAUUGAAAUGGAUAAUGCAAUGAACUUUAUGAAAAAUGAAUGCAGAAACGAUAGCAAUUGUGGCAACAAAACCAUAUGCUGUACCAAAAAAUGGUGCGACAGAACAAACAACUGUGGUGUUGGAAGAUUCUGCCUGACAUCUUGCGACGCUACAAAAUUAACCUUCUUACCAUUCUCAAGCAAUGCUGAAUCUAUAAUUGAUAUAAUUUAUGACUAA